AAGCAUUGGAACCUGGGAAGAAUCAUUCAGCGACCUAAAAGAAUAGCACACAGAUACAAUGCCUGAACGACCCCCGUUUCCGGGCCGCCCUGCUCAGCCUCCUGGUCCUACAUAUCUACAAUACUCUCCAGACGGCCAGAGAUUGGUCGUCGCCGGAGUAGGGAACUUCGCCCGCUCCUUCAGAACCGGUGACAACGGCGAACCGGAUCUGCUGCCAGAGACCCACGAGGAGACUCUUGCCGCAGCCUCAGGAAAUGAUUAUGUGAUUCUAGGAUGCGAAGAUGGGACGGUCUGCGAAUAUGCUGUACCAUCUGGAGAUCUCAAGCAGAUACUUGUGAGGACAACGUUACCGAUUCGAGAUAUUGCACUGUCUCCGGACCAGAACUGGAUUGCUGUCUGUAGCGAUGAACUCGAGAUCAAGAUUGUCAACCGACAUGACAUUGAACAGAUCACGAUCCUACGAGACCACCCGAAGCCAAUCAAGCAUAUUACAUACGAUCCCACGGGAAAUUAUCUCGCUGCCUCAUGUACGAAUGGCCUGAUCUACGUCUAUGCCAUGGCUGCUUCCGAGCCUACCCUUUUCAGAACCAUCGAUGGAGUCAUCAAACGCCUGGAGACCGCCGAGGCGGCUACCUCGAGAUGCGUGUGGCACCCGGAUGGAAGAGCCUUUGCAUGUGCGACACCCACAAGAGAAAUACAAGUCAUAUCAGUGGAGGAUGGAGCACAUCAACGGAUAUUCUCAGGAGCACACAAUGCGGACAUCACAUCUCUGGCUUGGUCACCCAAUGGUGCCCUGUUGGCAAGUGCAAGUGCAGAUGAUCAACUUAUUAUAUGGGAGACCAAAACGCAAGACAUAUUGAGACAAUUCAACUACGAAAAGAUUACCAAUAUCGCCUGGCAAAGUGGUGGAGAGAACAUCUUUAACUGGACAACGUCGCAGGGCGAGCUCUUUAUCAUUCCUAACUUCCUCAAGGACGAAGCACAUGUUAAAUUGCUGAAUGGUCCGCCAGUAAGAGCACCCUUCUUUCACGACCCUCUGGAGGACAAGGCUGCAGCUGUGAAUGGCCGGAAACCGCUCGUAAACGGUCAGGGAAAACGAGCUGGUACACCCGACAGCUUAGACCAGCUGCUUGGUCCUGAAGACGAGUAUGACUGGAUUGAGGACGAUGACGGUGCCGGGUACAUCAACGAGAAUGGCAAAAGACCAAACGGCCAUCUCGGUGCUGUGAAAGGCUUUCCCGCCAAACGCAACAAGCAGGAGCUGUGGCAGCCUCAGGUCCAUGAACCUUUUCAGCCCGGCGCCACCCCGUGGCGGGGGAAUCGAAAGUACCUCUGUCUGAAUCUGAUUGGAUUCGUAUGGACGGUCGACCAAGACACACACAACACCGUCACGGUCCAGUUUUACGACCGCGAGGAGUACCGAGAUUUCCACUUUACAGAUUCCUUCCUCUACGACAAAGCAUGUCUCAACAAAAAUGGCACACUCUUUUCAUGUCCCGCCAAAGAUGAUCAACCGGCAGUGAUCUUCUAUCGACCUCACGAGACUUGGACAACACGACCCGACUCCCGCAUCACUCUGCCGGAAGGCGAAGAAGCAAACUGCAUCGCCCUCAGCGACAGGUAUAUCGUCGCAGUCACCAACAAGAACUACGUGCGAGUAUGGACACUAUUCGGUACGGCAGUACGAUUAUGGCGAAUGAAGAGUUGUCCAGCCGUUACUUGUGCCGCUUGGGACGACUAUGUCAUGACAGUCGGAAAUGGUCCUGUGGGAGCCGACGGCUGCACGCAGUUGAUGUACAGCAUAGACGAUGUGAAACGGGACGAGAAUUGCCAGAACGAGGAUGUCCUCGCGUUGGGCACUUUGCGUCCUGAUUCGGAGGAGGAGGAAGUCAGUUUGAAGACGGUCUUCUGGAGCGACGCCGGUGACCCUUGCAUUUACGACAGUAACGGCGUACUGUUGACGCUGAUGCACUGGCGGACACCAGGCCAGGCGAAGUGGGUGCCGCUACUUGACACGAGGUUGCUCGACAGGUUGAAGGAUGGCAAGAAGGAGGAGACGUACUGGCCUGUCGCUGUUGCUGCGGAAAGGUUCCAUUGCAUCAUUCUGAAGGGCGGGGACAAGAGUCCGUACUUCCCACGUCCGCUGCUGACGGAGUUCGAUUUCCAUAUCCCCGUGGCGCGACCUGUGGAGAAGGGUGAUGAUGAGGACGAAGAGACAAAUGCAGCUGCUGCGGUCAGGUUGGAAGAGGCGUUCGUGCGGUCGUCGGUCUUGCUUGGACUUGUGGAUGAUUUGGUUCAGGGUCUCGGCGAUCGGGCUGGUCAUGCACAGAAGACGGAGGUCAUGAAGCGUGAGAUUGACGUCGACAAGAUCCUGCUGCAGUUGCUGGCGGUUGAAUGUCGCGAGGGUGACGAUCGGGGAAUGAAAGCUUUGGAGAUUGUGGGCUUGCUGAAAGACAGAAGCGGAAAGAUGCUGGAGGCUGCUGCUAAAGUUGCGGGUAGAUGGAAUCGGGCUGUGCUUGAGGACAAGAUCAGAGACUAUGCGGAGCGGAGGUUGAUGGGUCUGGAGGAAGAGUGAGUUCUCCGGAAGACCGUUCGACUUGAUGAUGGGUACGGAAAGAAUUGGGUGGCGUUUACAAUGAGCGGUCGGUGUUCGGGUACAACGGUCUGCAUGCACGGUGUCCAGGAAGUUCAUGACCGGAUUGAAGUCCUCAG